UUUGCUCCAAAUACAGGAAAUACUUUACACUUCUGUUUUCAGCCAAACUGUCCGUAUUGAAAUGGUGGAUUAAACAUCCAUUUUCUGGGAUGGAAGCUCUGAGAACUGUCACAUAAAUAACCUGUAUUCCAGGACCUGCACAAUCUCAUAGUGAGUGGCCUCCGUGGACAGUUACUUUCCAAAGUUCAUUCCAGGCCAUAUGAAAACUCAGGGACUUCUGAGGAUUUCAGGGUUUCCUGGAGGACUCUGGGCCUGAGGCACGACUAAUGUCUUUCAGAAGCUAUCUUCCUGGAAAGAGGCUUGUCAAAGUCUUCCACUCAGAUGGCUGUCUGUCAGCAUAGGAACAUUUCUGGUGAGACUCAGAACUAUAUAUAAUGCUGGUGAAUGUGGCCAGUCUUGCCCUGGUUUGUACUGCUGAUGGAAUGCCUUUUUUCCCUAUCUGUGGGGAUAUGGUGAAGUGUGAUUGCAUAGAUAAGCUUAGUGAGACCACCCAGCCUCCCUUAUCUAUAAAGAAAUGAGCAGUUGUUCACACUCUAAAAAGGAGGCACUAGGGCCCUGAGUCUCUCUCCCUCUUUCUCUAUUUUUUUUUUUUUUGUUUUUGGCCACACGGGUUGUUACGCACUAAUUUCCUUUAAGACCUGCAAUGAAGUCAGUAAACCACAGCCUUCGGCAGGCGCUCUCCAUGCUGGUGCUUUCCGCUAUGACAUGCACUUGACAUGUCCAUCCUCCGCUUGGCCGUACCAGUUUUUCCCUAUCUCACAACAUGGACCAAAAAGAGAUUCUGCUGCAGAACCUGCACAGGGCCCAAAGCAGGAAACUUAACAGAGAGGAGUUUGCAAAUGAGUUUUUGAAGCUGAAAAUGCAGUCGACAAAAUACAGAUCAGACAGAAUAUACCCAACUGCAGAGUCUGAGCGUCCAGAAAACAUCAAGAAAAAUCGCUACAAGGACAUUUUACCAUUUGAUCACAGCAGAGUGGAGCUCUCUCUCAUCACAUCAGAUAAAGAUUCUCAUUACAUAAAUGCCAACUUCAUCAAGGGGGUAUAUGGGCCAAGGGCUUAUAUAGCAACCCAGGGUCCUCUCUCCACCACUGUUCUUGACUUCUGGAGGAUGAUUUGGGAAUAUGAAGUCCUGAUUGUGGUUAUGGCCUGUAUGGAGUUUGAAAUGGGGAAGAAAAAGUGUGAGCGGUACUGGGUUGAGGUGGGUGACUCCCCACUACAAUGCGGUCCUUUCACCAUCGCUUGUGAAUUGGAGGAAAAGAAAAAUGAGUAUGUGAUUCGGACUCUAAAGGUGACACUGAACAACAUAAUUCGCACUAUUUAUCAUUUCCAUUAUAAAAACUGGCCAGAUCAUGAUGUACCUUCCUCCAUCAGUCCUAUCCUUGAGCUUAUCUGGGAUAUGCGCUGCUAUCAGGCAGAUGACGACAUCCCCAUAUGUAUUCACUGCAGUGCUGGCUGUGGGAGAACAGGCGUUAUUUGUGCCAUUGACUAUACCUGGAAGCUACUGAAGGAUGGGAUUGUUCCAGAGAACUUCAGUAUUUUUAGUCUGAUCCAGGAAAUGCGCACACAAAGGCCAUCAACAGUGCAAACCAAGGAACAGUACGAGUUGGUCUAUGAUGCUGUGAUUGAACUCUUUAAAAGACAGAUUGAAGUGCUCACUGACCAGGUAGACUCUACUACCACAGAGAUUCGAACAAACCAUCCAAAGCUCCAGCCACUUCUGACCUCACUAGAAGAAACUUACUCUUUGAGUCUACCAAGCUGCUCAGCACAAGAGGAACAGGAACUUCACCCACAUUCUGAUUGCACGGUACAAGGGGAAAUGUCACCACUGGCUGAUGCAUCAGACUAUAGGACCUCAACAAUGCAUGGCAACUAUUGGCACAGUGUUCCUCAUGUUAGACAAGCCCUGUCUUCUGGGGCCCUGAACUUCAGUAGCAGCAAAAACGUAGCUGCUGCUGUGAAAUGGGACACACUGCUGGCAGGGGAACCGCUCCAAAAACAUCACAGCUUAGACUUGAACAGAAUUUUUUCCGACGAGUUUCCUGUGAGCUUGAAAUCUACAGCUGCAUCUAGUGUCAAGGCCCCAUUAAUACAAACCAAAUCAAGUCCCUUGGAGUUAAUGCAGCAGAGAGAUGUCCCGGAACUGGAUGGAGAGGAUGCAGUAACCUCUUUGGGACCCCAACUACCAAGCUCCUGCUAUUCUGUGGGCUCUGAGGUUAAGAAACAGACAGGCUUUUCUUCUGUUGAACUGAACCAUUCAAGCAGACUAAUAGAUGUUCCCCUGCGGCACCUGAGCAGUAGCCCACAUCCUUCCUCAUAUUGUUUCUCGGCAGAAGACCCUUACUUUUCUUCACUCUCUUCAGAUGAUCCAGGGUCCCCGAUGUUUACUGACUGCUUUUCGCAAUUGCAUGAAACAGUUUCCCCUCCAGUGUCAACUCCUCUGUCCCAGCAUAUUCACUCACAGGACGGCAAGCAGACAUCCCCACAGAUUUCUCCAGGCCCAGAUGAUGAUGUUCCUCCUCCUCUGCCUGAGCGAACCCCAGAAUCCUUUAUUGUGGCCAAUGAAACUGGUCAAUGUUCACUGGCAACUUUAAACCACCAACCUGAACCAAGAAAUGUAAACAUUGGAACCUCUUUAGAAUGGAGUGGGGUGUCUCAGCCAAAGAUAUUCGAUGACUCAGUUAGACUGAGGACAAGUAAGAGUGUGAAGGUCCGGAGCACCAAAUCAGAGAAACACCGGGAUCGCUCUUCAACCCCUCCUCCACUUCCUGAAAGAACCCCUGAGUCAUUCUUUCUUGCUGAUGAGGAAAGUCUGCAGCCUAUUGAGAGGAAUUCCCCUAGGAACUCUGGGAACUCAGGAAAUAAAGCUUCUGAAGAGUCAUCAAAAGAGCCUGUGAAAUGCUUCAGGAGGAGUAAAAGCUUGAAAAUUUUACGAAACGUGAAAAAAAGUAUCUGUAGCCCAUCUUCACUGGCAAAACCACCAGAAUCUGUCCAGUCAAACUCCUCCAACUCUUUCCUGAGCUUCGGCUUUACGAAUCGAUUUUUGAAGCCUAAAGGACCAAGAAAUCCUCCACCAACUUGGAAUAUUUAAUUCAGUUUCACAGAUGCAUAUGGUUCCAAAUACUGCAGAUUUGCCAUAUCCCUCUGACAUGCCGCACAUGUUCUUCACAACAUAAUUACUGUCAGAACAUUAGCAAUAAAAUUUUAUCUUUGUUAUAUAAAGUCAUAGAGCAUAGCAUACAAACUCCUCCAUGUGGUUUUAGUAUAACAAGGGAUGUACAACUGCACAUCAGCUGCUUGACCCUUCCAGUUAAUGUAAUUAAAAACAUAUUGGGGCAAUUUUGUUUACUGUUUCUGAAAAUAGAAUAAUUUUUUGGAGAAUUACAAUUUACUAUAUGACAACAGACCUGAUUCUCCUAUUAUGGUAGUAAGUCCCAAUUAAGUUAAUCAAGUGGCACCACUACAAAAUGAUGGUCUGGAUUCUCCCAUCACUUAAGCACAUGCAUAACUUUACUCAUAGUCUUAUACAGCUAGUCAUAAUUAAAAUAGUUAUCUCCAAAGUGUGAAUGCCUCAGAAGCAAAUUGUAUCCCUUUGUUCUGUACCUUUGCAUUUGUCAUAGGGUUGAGCUUGCCUUUUAUCAGCUCAAAAGGUAUGCUACAUCCAUAGGCAGUUUAGAUGUAAAUGGUUUCAUACAAGGGAACUCCCAAGUACUGUGAAUUGAUUGCCAUUUAAGAUUAUCUUAUGUUUUGGGCAAACAUGGAGGAGAGGGGAGCAAAAAAGACUGCAAGAUCUUUUCGUGCUCUUCUUCUUUUGGGACAGCUGGGGCCUGCUCAACUCCCAUGUAAAGUAGAGCAGCCUUGUAAGACAAAAUUAAAAAGUAUCUGGUAUCAAAUCAGGCAAAUUACAUUGAAAGCUAGCCUUUUAAUUUUUAAAAUAUUGACAAGGUAAUAACUAGAAGUCAGACAUGAAAUCUCAGUGAAUGGAAUAAUGAACGUGAAAUAUUUUAUGUGUAUGAAAGAUGCUAUACAAAAUAAAGUUUAUUUAUCUAGCAUGCCAGUUUUUCUAGACUUUUUUAUAAGUUCAAAGAGCACUUGAAUAUAAUAUAUGCUUAUCUUUAGAGUAUCUUGACCCAUUUUUCACAAAUAUCAAGUAAAAAUAAAGUAUAAUUUCAUGUUCACUGAAGUGUCAAUAGCUAGAUUCCCAUUACUAGUAUUAAAGUCAAACAGAUAGGGAGUACCAUCCACAUAAAAGCAAAAAUGUGAGUAACCAAAUACAUUAAGGGCUUAUGGGAAAAGCGACGAGGAGUCCUGUGGCACCUUACAGACUAACAGAUUUAUUGGAGCAUAAGCUUUCGUGGGCAAAGACCCACUUCGUCAGAUGCAUGUGGUGGAAAUUCCAGGGUGCAUGGAUGCAUGUGGUGGAAAUUACCAAAUAAGAAUAAGAGUUCCUCAGGAAAAGGGCUUUUUUCCGGAGGAUCGGGGCCAGUGUAGACGCUCUUUUCCGGCUUUUCUAAAAGCUGG